AUGUCCGACGGCCUCAACGAUGCACGAGCUAUUAGAAUAGCAGAGAUCAUGACGGAUUUCAGAAACCUCCAACACUACCUGGUUCAACUUCGGCCCAUGCCUACAGCAGAAGAGUACUAUCUUGAGGGCUACUCACUGCUCCGAGAAUGCACAACCGAAGCUCAAUUGACCCUGCAACAACCAUUUUCAGGCAGCGCAGGCGCUGCAACAGGAGACCCAGAGCAGGAGAGGCAGCAAUUGAAGGCUAUCAUCACAGACGCAGCUGUACGCCGCUUCCAAUGUCAACGAGCCUAUCUCAGAGCCAACGCUGGACUCCGGUGGAUGAACAGUCGCAACAGCAUCCUGCGUGGACAAAAGCCCAAUGCCAGUCACCUCGGAUUGCUACAGCAAGCUGAUGCCACGCUGAGAAAUGUAGACAGGCCACCAGACCCGCGACUCCAACGAGCAGAAAAGCUGAUUCAAAGAACCCAUUAG